AUGUCCGCCGAGCAGGAUGUCAAGCUGGACAAUUUCCAGAACAUCUUUCGAUUAGAUGGCAAGGUCGCGGUAGUGACAGGAGGUUCCAGAGGACUUGGCCUCAACGUUGCCUCGGGUUUCAUGCAGUCUGGCUGCUCCAAAGUCUAUAUUACCUCUCGAAAAGCCAAAGCUUGCGAGGAAGCAGUGAAGGCUCUCAAUGCUCUCCCGAACAAGGCUCCAGGCGCCGAAGCGAUAGCGAUUGCGGCAGACUCUAGCAAAGUGUCUGAAAUAGAAAGACUUGUGGCAGAGAUCAAGAAGACUACCGAUCACGUCGAUAUUCUGUUCGCGAAUGCUGGUGCGACAUGGGGUGAGAAAUUUGAGACACACCCUGAGUCGGCUUUCAGCAAGGUCAUGGACUUGAACGUCAAGAGCAUAUUCUAUACCGUGCAGAAAUUCGAGCCUUUGCUGCGAGUCAAGGCCUCGAAAGCAGAUCCAAGCAGGGUCAUCGUGACCGCAUCUGUGGCCGGCAUCGAGGUCGGUACCUUAGGUCAACAGGCAACCUAUGGGUAUUCAGCUUCAAAAGCAGCGGCAUUACAUCUCACGAAGAACCUAGCUGUAGACCUAGGCCCAAGACAUAUUAUGUGCAACGCGGUGUGUCCAGGCUUCUAUCCUACUAAGAUGGCUAAUGGUUUGAUGGAAAUGAGUGGUGGUGUGGAGAAGAUUGCAGAAGCAUCGCCGAAUGGCAGGCUGGGAGCUCCAGAAGAUAUCGCGGGUCUGGUAACGUUCUUGGCUAGUCCAGCAGCUAAACAUUUGAAUGGUGCACACGUGGUUACAGAUGGUGGUGCUAUACUUGGAAGACAUAAGUUAUAA